GGGAGUAGUGGGAGUAGUGGGAGUGGGAGUAGUGGGUUCAGCUAGUGAAGCAUUUUCUCCAUUUUCUCCAUUUUCUGCAUUUUCCCAUUUUCCCAUUCUCCGCUCUGGCCACGAACCCUUAGCGUAGAUAAGGAGCCGUGCGCAGUGAGUGAUAUACAGGAGAUGAGGGGAUGCAGGAGAGCAAGAAGAGACAACAGAUGCAGAAGAUGCAGAAGAGACAGAGGAGACAGAGGAGACAGCAGAGACCGAGGAGACAACAGAGACAGAAGAGACAACAGAUACAGAAGAGACCACAGAUACAGAAGAAAACAAGAUAAUCCGGAACAUUUCUAUAUCAGGGCACAAUACGACACAAUGCGAUCAAAAUGGCUUCGGGAUGAGGACAAUCAGCGGGGUGAUCCGUACCUCUCCCGUCGACGUCGACGAGUCCAGCCAGGUCAGUCGACUGCAAGUUACUCUACAAGGAGCCCUAUAUCGACGCUGAAUGUACAGUACAUACCUGUAUCACCAAUCAGUGUACUCUACUCUGCUCUACAUACAAAUCCCAUACUUACUAUGCACAAACCAUGCUCAAUUACAUGUCUCGAGGCCUUCCAGGAAAAGCCUAAACAGUCAUGUCCAGCCGUCCAGCCGUCCAGCCGUCGUCGAUCAGAAACAAUGCGCAUCCGCUCCACACCAAGGGCCGUCCAAGGGCCAUCCGCCGAGCCCCUCGUGUGCCCCUUCUAUACCACCGACAACUGAAGAAAUCCUUCAGGGUGGCGGUUCUGCCGGAAGAUUUUCGAGCGCGCGUAACGAAGCCGAGAGAGUCGAUGCAUGAAGGCGACAGCGACAAAACCCGUGCCUUCCCACGGCUGUGCUUGUGCUCAAAUGGUUACCGCGAUACGUUUGACGGGAGGGGAACUGGCUUCUUGGAGGGUACUUGUCGCGGGUUUAAUUGAGUCCCCUCUUCCCUAUGCCAUCCAUAGUAACUACGAACGAAGAGCUGCGGAGAGGUCAGUUGACGCUUUCCCUAUGUCGAUUUGUCGAGGUCGCUACGUCGUCGGUGGCCUGGAUCGCGCAACCAGUGUGGAGAGUUGCAUGCGGCGUCUGACGUGCAUACCGAACUGCAUACAGCAACCCAGUACA